CAAUAUGUCCUUUCUUCCGGUUCACUUUGUCACGCAAGAUGCCCGGCGUUACAGUAAAGGAUAUUGAUCAACAUGCCGUUGUUAAGGCUGUAGCCGUCUUCUUGAAGAAGACUGGUAAAUUGAAGGUGCCCGAUCAAAUGGACAUCAUUAAGACCGCUAAAUUCAAGGAAUUGGCUCCAUCGGACCCUGAUUGGUUCUACAUUCGUUGUGCAUCAAUCUUGCGUCAUUUGUACCAUCGCAGUCCAGCUGGUGUUGGCUCCAUUACAAAGAUCUACGGUGGCCGUAAACGUAAUGGUGUGCAUCCAUCACACUUUUGUCGAGCCGCUGACGGUGCUGCACGCAAGGCUUUGCAAUCCUUGGAGCAUGCCCGCCUUAUUGAGAAGCACCCCGAUGGUGGUCGUAGAUUGACACCCAUUGGUCAGCGUGACUUGGAUCGUAUUGCAAACCAAAUCGUGAGCAAACAACGUGAUGCGGCGAAACUGUCGGGACCUAUUGUCAUUUCCAAGUAAUUUAAUAAUAAAAAUACACAAAAUAGAGGGUAAACACUAUGUGGUUUGCGCAAAGUUGUAAUACCGCUUUAAUUUAGAAAAAUCCUUUGUUUACGUGAAUAAAAACAAAAAAAUACAAACAAUAA